AUGGCAGCGGAACUACAAGAUCAGGAAAACACUGAAAGAGUGCUGAGGGAUAAGCUAGGUAACAGCUUGGGUAAUGACGAAGCUUUGGAUUACGAAGAGGAAUUGGCAUUGGAGGAAGAACAACCGGAAGAAGACGGAAAACCUAAAAAAAGUGUUACAUUCAGUGGAGUAGAUGAUUUCGAAUCUGACGAAGAGAAGCUCAAACGUGAGUUUGAAGAAGGCGGGGGGCUACCAGAACAACCUCUUGACCCAGACUUUUCUACUUUGAACCCACUUUCAGCGGAUAUUAUCAAUAGACAGGCAACCAUCAACAUUGGUACCAUCGGUCAUGUGGCCCACGGUAAGUCUACCGUGGUGAGAGCCAUUUCAGGCGUUCAAACUGUCCGUUUCAAGGACGAACUGGAACGUAACAUUACCAUCAAGCUGGGUUACGCUAACGCCAAAAUUUACAAGUGUGACGAUUCCAGCUGUCCAGAACCAGACUGUUACCGCUCCUUCAAGUCUGAUAAAGAAAUAAGCCCUAAGUGUCAGCGUCCAGGCUGUAAUGGCCGUUACAAAUUGGUACGUCACGUCUCUUUCGUGGAUUGUCCAGGGCACGAUAUUCUGAUGAGUACCAUGUUGUCAGGUGCUGCCGUCAUGGACGCAGCCCUGCUUCUAAUUGCCGGUAACGAGUCAUGUCCUCAACCGCAGACCUCGGAGCAUUUGGCAGCUAUCGAAAUCAUGAAGCUGAAGCAUGUUAUCAUUCUACAAAACAAAGUCGAUUUAAUGCGCGAGGAGAGCGCAUUGGAGCACCACAACUCUAUUUUAAAGUUCAUAAGAGGUACCAUCGCCGAUGGAGCCCCAGUGGUACCAAUCUCAGCGCAACUGAAGUACAACAUUGACGCAGUUAACGAAUUCAUUGUAAAGACCAUUCCAGUGCCUCCAAGAGAUUUCAUGGCCUCGCCACGUCUUAUCGUCAUCCGUUCUUUUGACGUUAACAAGCCAGGUGCAGAGAUCGAGGAAUUGAAGGGUGGUGUGGCAGGUGGUUCUAUUUUGACUGGUGUCUUCAAAUUGGGAGAUGAAAUCGAAAUUAGACCAGGUAUUGUUACCAAAGAUGAGCAAGGUAAAAUUCAAUGCAAGCCUAUUUUCUCAAACAUUGUGUCGCUUUUCGCUGAGCACAAUGAUCUAAAGUUCGCCGUUCCCGGUGGUUUGAUUGGUGUUGGUACGAAGGUUGAUCCUACGCUGUGUAGAGCUGAUCGUCUGGUCGGUCAAGUAGCUGGUGCCAAGGGACAUUUGCCAAGCAUUUACACGGAUAUCGAGAUCAAUUACUUUUUGUUACGUCGGUUGUUGGGUGUCAAGACGGAUAACCAAAAACAAGCCAAGGUUAGAAACUUGGAUGUCAACGAAGUCCUGAUGGUUAACAUCGGCUCCACCGCCACUGGUGCUCGUGUCGUUGCAGUAAAAGCUGACAUGGCCAGACUCCAGCUAACAUCUCCAGCUUGUACAGAAGUCAACGAAAAAAUUGCUUUGUCGAGACGUAUUGAGAAGCACUGGCGUCUAAUCGGCUGGGCUACCAUCAAGAAGGGAACUACAUUGGAGCCAAUCGCUUAG